AUGUCGCAGAGUUGUGUUAUGUCUUUGGUCUCUGCAAAUCUUAGGAGAAGCUCUUUCUUCUUGUGCUCUUCUAAGUCUAAGCCAUGGUUAAUCACGACGGCGAAUUCGGUUUCGUGUGCUUUUAAACCGGUUAGAGGAUUCAUGUCCUUGAGCUCCAAUCUUACACGGUUCGAUUUCGUUAACCAAACCGGUCCGCCAGAAAUUCAAUUUCCCGGUGGUUCUCCUUCAGAAGAAGAGUUACCUUCACGGCCGAGUAGAGGACCAGAGUUGACUCCAUUAGAAGUCCCGGAGCUUCCUAAUAUACCGGAGAUUGAACCAUCGGAUACUCCACCGGAAGUUACGACGGUUCCCAGUGAUCCACCACCGCUUGGACCGCCGCAAAAUCCCGGUCCUGAGUUUCCUGUCCCACCAUCUCCGCCUCCGCCGAUGCCAGAUACUCCAAAAAUUCCGACGCCGGAAACACCACCUGAUAUUGUGCCUCCGACCUGGGAUCCUCCUCGCUCACCGGAGAUUCCACCUCCGGGAAUCGACCCACCGUCGCCAGGAAUCGACCCACCACCACCACCUAUGGGUCCCACCAUCAUGUAG